AGCCACUCAUCGUCUCUAUCACCGGGUAGGCGGAGCCAGAAGGAAGAUGGCGGCCGCCGCAGCUGGAGCAGAAGCUCAGGCUUCGGGUGGUACUCAGUCCCCUCUCUGUCUGUUGGUGCUGGGAAUGGCGGGAUCUGGAAAAACCACCUUUGUACAGAGGCUCACAGGACACCUGCAUAGCCAAGGCUCUCCACCCUAUGUGAUCAACCUGGACCCAGCUGUGCAUGAAGUCCCCUUUCCUGCCAAUAUUGAUAUUCGUGACACCGUGAAGUAUAAAGAAGUCAUGAAACAGUAUGGACUUGGGCCCAACGGUGGCAUAGUGACCUCACUCAAUCUCUUUGCUACCAGGUUUGAUCAGGUGAUGAAAUUUAUUGAGAAGGCCCAGAACAUGUCGAAAUAUGUCUUGAUCGACACACCUGGACAGAUAGAGGUAUUUACCUGGUCAGCUUCUGGGACAAUCAUUACUGAGGCGCUGGCAUCCUCAUUUCCAACAGUUGUCAUCUAUGUAAUGGACACGUCACGAAGUACCAACCCAGUGACCUUCAUGUCCAAUAUGCUGUAUGCAUGCAGCAUCUUGUAUAAAACCAAGCUGCCUUUCAUCGUGGUCAUGAAUAAAACUGACAUCAUUGACCACAGCUUUGCAGUGGAAUGGAUGCAGGAUUUUGAGACUUUUCAAGAUGCCUUGAAUCAGGAGACUACAUACGUCAGUAACCUGACUCGUUCUAUGAGCCUGGUAUUGGAUGAGUUUUACAGCUCACUUAGGGUGGUAGGUGUCUCUGCUAUUCUGGGAACAGGCUUAGAUGAACUCUUUGUGCAAGUCACCAGUGCUGCAGAAGAAUACGACAGGGAGUAUCGUCCUGAAUAUGAACGUCUGAAGAAAUCACUGGCCAGUGCACAGAGUCAGCAGCAGAAAGAACAACUGGAACGCCUUCGGAAAGAUAUGGGCUCUGUGGCCUUGGACGUGGGAACCGCCACAGGUGUUUUCUCUGUAGACAGCUCUUCUCCCGUGAUGGACCCUUCUGACCUGAUCCUGACUCGAGGAACCUUGGAGGAAGAGGAUGAGGAAGCAGAAAGUGAUACUGAUGAUAUCGACCACAGAGUUACUGAGGAAAGCCGUGAAGAACCAGCGUUCCAGAAUUUUAUGCAAGAAUCAAUGGCACAGUAUUGGAAGAGAAGCAGUAAAUAGGAGAGAGACUUUAGGAAACCUCAGUUGUUUCUGGAAGUCCAGAGUUUUGGAAUUCUCUGUGAAGACGCUAUCCUACCUCUGAUUGGGGCCUACCAUAAAGGACAUUUUUCUUCAGAGUAGCAGAGUUUUCUUACCAGGGAAAUCUCAUGACCUGGAAGGUAGAUGCUGAUUCUUCUAGGCCUUUGCCGUGGUCUUAAGCAAGGAAGGAUAUACUAACUGUUCUUGGAAGUUAAUGUCCCUUCAAGUGUUAUUUGGAACUCAAGUACUUUUGCUGCUGAUGGAUGGAAGAGAGAGACUGAACUUACUCUGUUGGUGAUCAUUUUGAAUCUGUUAUUAGGCUGGAUCUAUAGACUCUACUUCCCCAACAUCUUGCUAUUGAUUCUACACUAUGAAUUCCCCUGCUUCUAGCAGAAAGGGAGAGGGAAAACAUAAACUUCUACAUAGUGGCGGUGAAGUCUCUUUGACAACCAGUCACUUUUGGUAUGAAAUGUGGCUCACACCGGGUAGCUCAUCAUAGGACCUCAAAGUGGACAUCUGUCGAAGAAAGUGGGCAGAAUACACUAUUAAUGAAUAAGAGUUGUGCUUUUGACGGUGACCUGGAUAAAGAGUUCUCAAUUCUAACUCCA